AUGAGUGAUGAUGAUGAUGAUGAUGAUGAUGAUGAUGAUGAUGAUGAUGAUGAUGAUGAUGAUGAUGAUGAUGAUGAUGAUGAUGAUGAUGAUGAUGAUGAUGAUGAUGAUGAUGAUGAUGAUGAUGAUGAUGAUGAUGAUGAUGAUGAUGAUGAUGAUGAUGAUGAUGAUGAUGAUGAUGAUGAUGAUGAUGAUGAUGAUGAUGAUGAUGAUGAUGAUGAUGAUGAUGAUGAUGAUGAUGAUGAUGAUGAUGAUGAUGAUGAUGAUGAUGAUGAUGAUGAUGAUGAUGAUGAUGAUGAUGAUGAUGAUGAUGAUGAUGAUGAUGAUGAUGAUGAUGAUGAUGAUGAUGAUUAUGUAAUCAAAAUUUCACAUGGUAAUAAGAAAAUCAAUUGA